AUGCAUAAUUUAGAAGUUCUGCUAAUGGCAAGGUCAGCUGUAACAAGGUUACCUGGGGCUAUUGGGAUGUUGGGGAAACUCACCAGAUUAGUUGCCACAGGUUGCAAAUUCCUGAAAGAAGUUUGUAGCGAUAUUGGGGAAUUGUCCUCAUUGAAGGCCCUCCAAUUGUCAGUGACUGGUAUUUAUGGCUUGCCAGAAAGCAUUGGUGAGCUUUCUUGUCUCCAAGUCCUUGAUUUACUGGGGUGUGACCAGCUUCAAUUGCUGCCAAACCUUCCCUCUGGCUUGAGAACUCUAGGUCUCAGUUGUCAGAGUCCUACAUUGCCAAUCCUUUCCAACCUGAUAAACCUAAAGGAACUCAGUGUCACGGGAUGCAGUGCACUUGAGUGCCUCCCAGAGCUUCCCUCUGAACUGUUGAUGCUUUCCAUUUCAGAAUGCAGAACACUUGAGUGCCUCCCACAGCUUCCCUCUGAAAUUUUGAAGCUUUCCAUUACACGAUGCCAAAUGUUGAGAAAGUUGCCAGAUUUGUCAAACUUGAAGCAUCUAUCAAAAUUGAUGCUAGCGACUUGCUCUGAAUUGAGAGAAGUCAAAGGUCUGGAAGGACUAGCACUGCUAACAAUGUUGGAUGUACAGGAGUGCCCAAAAUUUCCUAGGCUUGAUAAGGCCGAAUGUUUGGUUUCUCUGAGUUGCGAGAAUCAAUUUGAAAUUCAAGUUCUUAAUAGCUUCAUGUUCUUGGAAGUUUUGGAUCUCACUGAUUGCAUGUCUAUGGAAAGACUGAACCUUUCAACUUUGAAGCUUUUAAGGAAAGCAAAUGUCAGGAAAUGCAAGAAUCUAGUCAAAAUUAGUGGCCUUGAAAACUUGGAAUACUUGGGAAGGUUGGAUAUCUCUGAGUGCACGUCCAUUAAGGGACUGGAUCUUGCAAAAUUGAAGUAUCUGCGAUAUUUAUGCAUUUCCAAAUGCAAGAAUUUAUCUGAAGUCCAAGGCCUUGAUUUCUUGGAGUACUUGGAAGGGUUGGACAUCUCUGGGUGCACAUCCAUUGAAAUGUUACCUGACCUUUCAUGCUUCAAGACCCUGAUAUCACUGAAAAUCAACCACUGUGAGAAACUACGUGAUGUUCAGACCCUGGAGAAAUUCCCAUCCUGCCGAUGGCUAUACAUUGAUGGAUGCAAGUCCAUAGUGAAACUGCCAAACCUUUCCAAAUUUGAAGGUUUGGUAGAGUUGGUCGUGAAAGAUUGUCACGUACUUCUGGAGAUUCCAGAGCUCAAAGAAAUGAGCUGUUUAGCAUUUAUAGAUGCGUCCAGAUGCAAGUCCAUCGAGUAUCUACCAGAUUUGUCAUUGUGCAAGAAUUUGAAAUGUUUGGUCGUGAGAGACUGCGAGAAACUAGCUGGGCUUGGAGACCUCCCAAACUCACUCUGGCAAGUGGAUAUUUCUGGAUGCAAGUCACUCCAAAUGAUAUCGGAGUUACAUGGAAUGCACGUCAUACAGAAUUAUGAAGAACCUAUGCAGCAAUUCUUGUAUGACGAGAUCACUUUCUGGCGAUAG